CAUCGCUGUAUGACUUAAAGGUGACCAGUCUAUUACCACAUUUGGCGUCACUCGCUAUUGAAGAUACACUAAACAAGGAUAAAUCGGUUGUCACACUUUCGUGGCUUGGCGAACGUAAAAUACGACCAGAUGUCACGAAAUGAACCGCAUCGACCUCGUGUUAUCACUGUCAGGAACCGAUUCUACAUGCACAUCGAUCCACGGUCACGUACUAAAGUAUCUGUGCACCACGAAAAACCAAUAACACACUGUAUUAUGGGGAUGAAAGAGAGAGAGAGAGUGAGAGAGAGACGAAGAAAAGAGCUUGAGAAAGAAAAUUAAUGAAUACCCGGAAGCUGAAAAUAUGUAUUUCCGAGAGACAAGUUCUCUAAUUAACAUAAACUUUGAACUUGCGGGAAUGGCAGAAUGCAAAGAGGAAAAAGAUGAAGAGAAGGAAGAGAAGGAAGAGAUGGAGGAGGAGGAAAGGAUAGAUUGAGGAAAUUCACAAGAGGCUUCCUGCUGUGUGUGAUUGAGCAAUGAGCAUAUCCCGGGGGAUAUAUUAUGAAUGUGGAUUAUUUGCAAACGUGGGCGGAGAUCACGAUCGUGCGUGAAACGAAGCAACAAGAGUUUAGUUUGUGACGGUGUCUCUCACGAGGAGGAUUGCCUGUCGGAAUAUCGUUUUAAAUUAGAAGAAGAAAAAUUUAUACAAUUAAAAAGAAAAAAAAAAAGAAAACAGUGCCUCAACUAAUUUUACCACGAUGCCGACAGAUCAGCUGAGUACUUCUUGCAAAAUUGAAGAGACUAUGAAUUCAUCAGCGGGAGACACCGUCAUCGCGACGAACACGAGUUCAGAAACGACUGGGGAUCCAUUGACCUUGACGGAUGACAAUCGUCGCAAUCAAGAACGGACCGAAUCGAAAUCCGUGACGAGAAAAAGACGACAAAUUGAUCCACCAUCGUCAAAAAUGGAGAUUCCCAGGAAAACGCCUCGACACGAAGAUUUAUCCGCAAAUAGUCGACGGAUUCACUUUAACGAUGCUGACGAGAUUCAACGACGAUCGUUAAAGAGACCACUAUCAGCGUCCAUCAAUUCACUCUGCAAAGAAUUGAAAAAUAAAAUUAUUAAAAAUCGUAAAGAAAAACAGGAAAAUAAUGAUUCUGCAACACACGAUAAUGACAAUGAAACAGAAAACGAAAAUUGCGAUGAAUUAUUAAAUUCGAAUACCGAGAAUUCCAAAAAUGAUCAUUUUGAAAAGGAGCCGUUGCCAAAUAGCGGAAGUGAUGUGACUCCAGCAGUGUCAUCGGAUGGGAUUCUUGGCGAAGAUGAGACAAACAAAAAGGAAGAUGUGGCUUUAAAUUUAUCGAAAGAUAAGGCGGUUUCUGGUCUUCAUAGAAAGCCGCCGGAUGCAGGAUCAAAAUUGUGUUGUAAACGAAAGACGGAGAAAGUGGAUGAUGUGACGAGACUGAGGAAGACGAUACAGUGGUUGGAGGAAGGUGCACGAAGGAUGAGGGAAGAUUUAGCCGCGGUCAGAUCGGAGCUUCAUGAAGAACGAAAAGCCGCAAAACUUGUGAGACGUGACCUGGAAACUGCGAUAAGAGACGCUCGAGUCACGGAAGCUGCGAAAAAUCAACAGAUCAUAUCCGAUCUUAAAGUCAGGCUCUCUCAAUCUCCCUCUCGUUCAGUGACAGAGGCCACUCUUGUUUCCUCGAAGGUGGAGUUUCUAAAAGACGAGAAUCAUCGUCGUGAACUCUCAGCAUUAAAGAAACGAUUAGUCGAGGCCGAAACGACAAUAAAAAAAUUGAAAACAAAUUCAUUGACAACUGGCGUUUCAAUGAAACGAAGAAAAAUUGAUUCAAAUUCAUCGAUUGACCUUCAUAAAUUAGAAAUUGAAGUUCAAAGUUUACGGGCCGCCAAUAAGAAGCUCGAGGAAAAAUUACAAAUUGCAACAGAAGCUGAAAAAUCGAGAACAGCAGAGUUGCGAGUACAACAUGAAAAUCACGAGGCUGAACAGGCUGGCUUGCAGAAAAUUUUUCGCACGGAAACUAUUAAAAUGAUGGAUGAGAUACGCAGCAAGAGCAGAGAGAUCGAGAAGCUGAAGAACCUUGUGCGGAAGCUGCGGUCCAGGGAAGAUGAAACUAUGCGAAAAUUAAGGGAGAGCGAGAGAAAUCAUCAUAUUCGAUUGACGCCACGCAUCGAGGAGAAAAUUCCUAACGGCGAACAUGCUGUGGAUUUAUGUAAAAGAGAGUGUGAAGCUGUGGCUGAGGUGGAACGUCUUCGGGAACUCGCGGUCGAACAGCAGGAGGCCAUAGAGGUACUCAGGCAGGCAGUCAAGGAGAAAGAACGUAAAUUGGAUCAGUUGUCGAAUAAGAAGAGAAAGGAGGAAUUUUAUAAGCAAUGGCUGGAGCUGGAACCAGUGGCGGAAGUUGACGACGAAGAGGAAAAUGAAGGUGAUAGCGCACUUUCAAGUGCACCGUCGUCACUUUCACCCCAACCUGGGGGAUGCGGCCAAUGGCAGGCAAAUGGCGUCACACGAGAGGCAUACGAGUCGCUUCUCUUCGAGGUCGAGGAAUUACAAACGAAAUUACUCGAGGAACAACGUGAAUUGGUGCACGCCAAAAGUCAGGUUCGAGAUUUGGAGAAGGCCCUCCUGCAAGAGACCAGAGGCAGUCAGAACAGUAAACGAGCGCUAAGUGACAAAUUACGAGACGCCGAGGAACGUGAAUCAAAUUUAAUCGCCGAAAUAUCGGAAUUAAGGGAGCAAAAUGAACUCUUGGAAUUUCGUAUUCUUGAAAUGGAGGAAACGCCUAAUCAAAGGGACACUCCAGAUCCAGCCGACAGUGGAAUUGUAUCACCGGAACCAAUUCAUCUCUACAAAGAACAAUCGAAUAAGCCUAAGGAUCGAGCAGUGGCAACGGUGAUUCCAUACACAUCGACCUUGACCCAACCGGUGUCGCCUGUACCCCAGAAACCGCCAUUAUCACUUCAGGAGAGUGGAAUUUUCGAAGAGGACGACAGCAAUAUUGAGGUUGUCGAGGUGACGAAUUGUGGCACUCAAACGGAAGCACCGGCCGGUGAACUUCUUCAGGAAGUCCAACGUCUUCAGGAGUUGCGAGCCCGAAUUCAAGAGCGUGCCGUUAAAGUUCCGGUUUCACCUGUGAAUGACACAAAAACCUGUUCCACACCCGAGGUCACUGAGACAGUGGACAUUGCACAAAUUGCCAUUUACCAGGAGAGAAUUCACGAUCUCGAGUCGAGACUCCAAAAUUAUGAGGAGGCCGAGGAGAAAUUCUUGCACGAGCAACAAAUCUCAAAGCAAAGAGACGAGGAGCUCCUCGACGAGAAUUAUAAACUCACGGAAAAAAUAUACUGGCUCGAGAAUGAAAUGCGAAACAUGAGCGUUGCUCCAUCGGCGAACAAUCAUCAAGAAACAAUGACUGAUUUGAAAAUAGGCGUUGAUUUCUCCUCUCAAUGGAAUGGAGAAGAAAUGGAGAAUUCCCCCUCGGCAGCAAAAGAAUGUUGUCUUGAGUGUUGCAAACUUUUGAAGAAUUUUGAAUCGAGAAUUGAACAAUUGGGCCAAACGGAGUACAUUCUACGGCAGCAAAUCACUGUUUUAGAACAUAGAGAACGAGCGUUUAUCGAGACUCUCAAGCAGGCGGACACAACCUGGUCGAGUGUCGAGAUGGAUUAUAAGAAGAAAUACGAGGAAAUGCAGGAACGUCUGCAAGCACAGACACAAUUGAAUCGUGUUUUUCUCGAGCAUUUGUCGGCUCUUAAUAAAAUUAGUCCUGGUGUUUCGUCCACUGAAACGGAGUACAUUGAGAAAUUGGUUGGACGAUUGAGUGGCGCUCUCGAUUCAAUGGACGUUACUGAUGGUAUUGAAGCAAUUAUCGAGGAGAAAAAAUCCGCUUGUCAAAUUUCGUCCACUGAAAAAGUUUCCAGUGUUUUUUCAUCUACCAGCAAUGCAGUUCGUGACAAUUUAUCUCCUCGACCCUGGAAUGCAAAAUCAACGGAAGCGAUGAAACAAGUCCCGAGAACAAUUGUCGAAACGAAAGGCGCCGUGUCACAGGUGACAUUAGCUUCUGACGAGGAUCACGAGGAUCAAUCAGAAGCACAGAUAACCAUUGACGAAACAGAUCCGGACAAGAAGGUUAGAUACAAAGAGAGUGAUGUUAGGGUGAUGAGAAGUAAGAAAAGGGUCGGCAGCUUUGAGCGGGACAACCUCGGUGUACGAAAUCGGCGACUAAUUUUAUAUCAGGAAAUUUGUGUUUAGUCAUUUCAGAAAAACAAAAAAAAUUCAAUUAGUCGUAUCUAAAUUUGAAGGAAUAAUCUUUUUUUCUCAAUUCUUCUUGAUCAUCAAGAUUAUAAAUAUAUAUAUAGUUAGCUCUUAAGAGUCGGGACCUAAUUAUAUUAUAUAGGAGGAAAAAAAAAAGACAAAAAACGAAAAAAUUAUUUGGGAGUGAAAUCAAAGAGACAUUGUAACUGAACUAAUGUAACUGUUUCGGAAGUUGUAAAGCAUGCAAACGAGAAGAUACAAAUGCAGAAGGUCAACUUCGACGAGAGUUUCGUGGGAUGGACAACAAGACUGAGUGAGAACGUGCUUCUUGAUGAUUCGAAUCUGGCCCAAGCAAGUAAUCUACUUUCGGUGGAGGUGAUGGUCCAAUUUUCUUCCUCACGGUACCAUUUAGUCAAAUUGAUGGCUUUACGAAUGCAGCAAGCUUGACAAACAAAAAAUUGUCCAACUCGAAAGGAACCGUUGUUCUGA